CGCAUCACCGCCCACCUCUGUCUCUCUCUCUCUCUCUCUCUCUCUCUCUCUCUCACACACACACACACACACACACACACACACGUCUAUAUAUACAUCUACCUGAAACCCAUGUCUCUCAACACUACCCACAAGCCAAAAUCACUUUCAUCAUUCUCAAAACCCAAAAUCAAUGGCAUCAACAUCAUCAAUUUCCCUCCCUUCUUAUCCACUUUUGAAUCGCCACAGACAUCAUCAACCAAAGCGAGUGUCAAAAACAACAACAACAAUGGUAGUACAUGCAUCGAUAAGAAACGAAGAUCAAAACUACCGCAGCGGGAGGAUCGUGGAUGAGAACUUGAUUGUUCUGCGGAAGAGAAUCCACGAAAUGAAGAUGAUAGAGAGGAACUACGACCCCCCUGCGAAUUGGAUGGAUUGGGAGAAGAAUUGCUAUGCUGGGUAUGACGAGUUCAUAUGUGAAGCAAUGGGUGUUUUGCAGAGUGGAUUGAUGAACACGAGGCCGAGCUUGGCUCUGGGUAUGGCGGUGAUUGUCGGGUUGAGUGUCCCGGCUUCGACUGGUCUGGUUGUGUUUCAUUUGGUGGAGAUGAUGAUCAAUGGAGUUUUAUCUGGUGUUCAUCAUCUCAAUUAUUAGCUUUUUUGUUUUUGUUUUUGUUUUCAUGUAGUUUGUUUCUUUGUAGAUACAAUCCAGAAUUAAUGCAUUAUUUGUUUGAUUUCUUUUGUAAA